AUGUCGUCCUCGUCAUCAACAAACUCCGCCUCAGGCUCGCAGAAAAAGCACAAGGUUGCCAUCAUCGGCUCCGGAAACUGGGGGUCUGCAAUCGCCCGCAUCGCCGGACAGAAUGCGCAGCGUCACUCGGAUAUCUUCGAACGUGAAGUGCAGAUGUACGUGUUCGAGGAAGACUACAAGGGCAAGCCGCUUUCGGCGGUGAUCAACGAGACGCACGAGAACCCGAAGUACCUGCCGGGCUGCAAGCUGCCCGAGAACGUCGUUGCCAACCCAUCACCCGUCGACGCGGCCAAGGGGGCGUCCUUGCUCGUGUUUGUCCUGCCCCAUCAGUUCAUUCGGUCGGUGUGCAAGCAGCUGAAGGGCCACGUGAGCCCGGAUGCGCAUGCGAUCAGCAUGAUCAAGGGCGUCGAGGUCAAGGACGGCAAGAUCUCGAUCUUUGCCGACGUGAUCGAGGAGGCGUUGGGCGUCAGCUGUUCCGCGCUGUCCGGCGCGAAUAUCGCCAACGAGGUGGCGCAGGACAAGUUCAGCGAGACCACCAUCGGCCACCGCCCGGACGCCAAGGGUCACGAGAAUGCAGAGUUGUUCUUCAAGCUGUUCGAUACACCCACGUUCAAGGUGGGCAUCAUCGAGGAUGUCGCAGGUGUCAGUCUCUGCGGAGCGCUCAAGAAUGUCGUUGCUAUUGCGGCUGGAUUCACGGAUGGAUUGGGUUGGGGCGACAAUGCAAAAGCGGCAGUGAUGCGCAUCGGGUUGAUGGAGAUGAAGCGCUUCAGCGAGGAGUUCUUCGACGGCGUCAAGCCAGAGACGUUCACCGAGACGUCGGCCGGCGUGGCGGAUCUGAUCACUACGUGUCUCGGCGGCAGGAAUCGCAAGUGCGCCGAAGCUUUCGUCAAGACGGGCAAGCCGUUCGAUCAACUCGAGAAAGAGCUGUUGAAUGGGCAGAAACUGCAGGGCACCGAGACGGCGCGUGAGGUGCACGAGUUGCUGGCUGCGCGCGGCAAGGUCGACGACUAUCCGCUGUUCAAGGCUGUCUACUCGAUCGCCUACGAGGGCAUCGAUGCUCACGAUCUGACAAGUCGCUUGUAG